AUGUUGGAGGUAAAUUAAAUAAUCAAAACAUGUUUAUGCUUUACAUACCAAGUGUCGCCAUCGAUUUUUUGUAGAGACGCCACACCGCUGCUAUUGUCACAUGAGAUGGCAGCAGCUUUCCACUAAAGUGUUUGUGUCCUGGGUGGCAUCCUGGUAAGACUAUUGCAUUAUCCUCUGCGUAGUUGUUGAAGUUCACAACUCGCUGCAAGUCCUCAUGCUUCAGGUGUAACAUUUACAUUUACAUUUUAGUCAUUUAGCAGACACUCUUAUCCAGAGCGACUUACAGUUAGUGAGUGCAUACAUUUUCAUACUGGCCCCCCAUGGGAAUCGAACUCACAACCCUGGCGUUGCAAAUACCAUGCUCUACCAACUGAGCUACACGGGACUGUGCUUGCUUGGGCCAGCUGUCUUUUUGAUGGCCGGCAUUAGACCAUUCUCCUUGUAUGACUGGUGGAGGAGAGUCAGGUGUGUUCUACUGAUGCUGAAAGACAAAUUCCAGACACAAAUAUUUUAGCAUUAUUAUUAUACAAUAGAUAGCUGUAACCUGGCGAAGUGGAGUCUUUUGUUUAGAUGUAGCUAGCUAGAUAGCUAAAGAAUGAACCAUAAUCCAAUCCUUAGAGUACUAGCAAUACAAACCAAUUGUCAUAGCUAGCUAAAGUUAACCAAAUAGGUUCAAUGUUAGCUAGUUAACAUUAGGCUAUAACUAGCAAUACAAAUGGCUUUCUGAGAUAAUAUUACACACAGAUCAUACACGUAAUGUUAGCUAGCAAGCCAGCCACCUAACGUUAACUGGCUUUAGCCAGCCACCAAAAUUAGAAACGUAUAAUAUCUGAAACUGUAGCUAGACUCUUACCAGUAUACAUUGAUGAACGCUUCUCGGCAGACUGCAACGCCUUUCGUUAAAUAGGAAGUCCUGUGUCGUUUCUGUUUUGUUUGUACAGCUUGCUUGGCCCGUUCUGUCAAGUCACUCUGGUUCACACUGACCGUGUGCAAUGCCAUAAGAAUCAUCAGAUCUUUCUCCCUCUCUGUUAAGGAUACCACGGUUGCACGAAAAAACUGCAGUAGAAAGGAUUAUCUACACAUAACAAGCAGCUCAUUUUAUAGACAGAAGAAGAUGCUACACGGCAGACCAAUCCGAAACUCAUCUCGGCAUGUCCAGCACAUUCAUUAUCUCAGCCAAUCAUGGCUAGCGGGAAGGUUCCUGUCUUUUUCUGUGGCUAAACCAAUUAGACUCGUAAUUUAACAACUUUAUUAGUAUUUACAGAUGGCAUACACAUUUGUUAUUAAGGCACAUGAAAGUUAAAAUGUUCCAGAUGGCAUUUAUGAAGAAAAGAAAACGUUCAAAUGCCUCUCCUGUGAAGUCGUGACUUGCGACAUACGCCUACUUUCCUGAAACGAGUCACAAUUAUGCUACCCUCUGCCUAUUGGCUACUUAGCUUAUUCAAGCCUGUCUCAAAAUACAACACUGCCCUUUUAAGACCCCCCCCAAAAAGCUCUUUACCUCACUCGCUUUUCAAAGAUGUCUAGAAAUGUAUACGUUUUGUGCUCUUGUAGGAAGCAAUCAGUCUCCUAUUACUGACUACAAAUUAUCUAUAACUGGGCUAAUAACUCACUAACUAGCAAAGGAUAUGAACAAAAUGUGUACACGUGGCUACAUGCAGCUCUCGCUUUGAUCUCAAAACAAGUGCAUCCUACUCACGACCGCUCAUGCUGUAAACACAGUCAAAGUAAAUGGUACAGAUCCAUAUAUGGCAAUGGUCUAUUUGCAUAUAUGCUUACUGCAGCUCGGAUUGUUUAUGCCACACCGGUCUGCGUAGAGUACGGGCUGAGUAGUGUAUGUCAAUGCAAUAGAAUCCUACUCUAAUGCGUUCUGCCUACAACAAAAUCUCUUGCAUAGUUCGCUUUGUUUUGGUAUUUUGCAUUGAAAGUGACUAAUAUUGCAUUGAUUCGAUCACAAUAGUCCCAGUAAAGGGAAACGUUGAUAGUGUUAACAGGGAAAACUCAGUGGUCACCAACCUUUUCUGAGUCAAGAUCACUUUGGGUCAAAAUGCAAGCCUAGAUCUACUGUUUAGAUUUUUUUUAACAUGACUUAAAAAACAUAAACCUAUGCAACAUUAACCAAUUAAAAACAGUACUGUAGCAAUGAGGUUUGUGCAGUAAGCUAUAGGCCCAAUACAUUAUCACUGCAUAUAAGCUUGGCUUUAAUUGCCCUGCCAAUGCAUUGUUGUUCGGGCCAUUUAUAAAAAUGAUAUUAAAACAUUUGUGGUAGGCUAUAUGAUCACACCGGAAAUAGAUCCGUUGAUGUAUUACUUGUGAAGCACAUACCUUUUAAAUAAUUUGCUUUUUACUUUGAUUUUAUCGCGCUGAUGGUGCCUGCAUCUGUUGGUCAGUCUCAGCGGAGGGAGAGGGCAGCAGACUGAGGGUCCGCCUCUCAAACCAGCCUCAUGCACAAAUUAAUGUUGUUACUCCUAUGAACAGAGAAAGUUAAAUAUUUCUCAAUAUUAAAUAAGACCCAGGCCGCUAAUAAUAACAACAACGCAAGCCUAUAGAUGCACUUUCGUACUAAUUCAUUACUGCUGCAGUGCUUGUUGUAGCGCUGAGUGGAAAUAGGAAGAACGUGCAUUUUAUGGCUUAUAAAAGUGUUGAAUACAAAGUGUUGACAGUGCUGAGUAAGAACUUAAACAUGAACUCACUCAUAAAAACAUCAUCUCUUUGCUGUAUUCGUUGACAAGUCUCUCUCUAGUAAUGGUUUUAAAUGUUUUGAAAUCUCACAGUAUCAACUUUGCUGUAGCUUUCUUUUAUGCCUGCUACUUUACUGCAGACACGGUCAUCUGAUCCAAUUGGCCAGCGGUAGGCCUAUAGUGCACUUGAUUUGCUCUCUGGGUCUGCCGGGAAGGCAGAGUUUGUACCUUCAGAUACAUGAAAUGGUUCAAAAUGGCAACAGUUCGCCUACCCGGCGCGCAGGGCAGCUGAAUCGGGUGCACCUAUUCGCCAAACAUACAGAAUGUUUGGCGAUCGACUAGGAAUGCCUUGGAGAUCGACCGGUUGGUGACCACUGCUCUAGAAAGUUGAGUGAAGUUCAAUCUGGUGCUUCUCUCUGCGCGGUAGUCCUGGGGAGCUGCGCGACAGUCUCGGGGCUACUAUGCGUGCAGCGUAGAGGGAACAUUGACUGUAGGUCUUCUGAUUUAAUCAAAGUGUUGACAAUGGAGUAGUAAACUUAAAGGAUUCUUUAAAGGCCCAGUGCAGUCAAAAUACAUUUUUCCUGUGUUUUAUAUAAUAUUGUAUAAGAGCUGAUGAAACUAACACUGUAAAAGUGUGAAAAAAUGUGAUCAAUGUUAUUUCCUGAUAGUUGCUGGUUGAAAAUACAAUCUAGUAUUUGAAUGUACCAGAGGCCACCAAAAUAGAGCUUGUUUGGCAAACAUUUCUUAACCCGGUGGGGCAGGCCCCCCCCUUCUAUUUGGCUGGCUAUUCCAUAUGCUUGUGGAAAACACUGACACGCACACAGUACGACUCACUUGCUCAAUCAUACAUAGCGGGUCUUCAGGUGGUAAAUAAUUUAUCCAAAACAAAACUUCUCCCUCUCCUUACAUUUUACAUUUACAUUUUAGUCAUUUAGCAGACGCUCUUAUCCAGAGCGACUUACAGUUAGUGAAUACAUAUUAUUAUAUAUAUAUAUAUAUUUUUUUUAUACUGGCCCCCCGUGGGAAUUGAACCCACAACCCUGGCGUUGCAAACGCCAUGCUCUAUCAACUGAGCUACAUCCCUGCCGGCCAUUCCCUCCCCUACCCUGGACGACGCUGGGCCAAUUGUGCGCCGCCCAUGAGUCUCCCGGUCGCGGCCGGCUGCGACAGAGCCUGGAUUCGAACCAGGAUCUCUAGUGGCACAGUUAGCACUGCGAUGCAGUGCCUUAGACCACUGCGCCACUCAGGAGUCCUUCUCUCCUCCCUCUGUUCCUUUCCCACUUCUCAUCUUCACAUCCUCCCCCACUUCCUUCUCAUCCAUUCUGCAGGCGACUGCAGAGCAGAUCCGGCUCGCCCAGAUGAUCUAUGACAAGAAUGAUGCUGAAUUUGAGGACAAAGUGAACCAGGUGAGUGGGCGGGCAUUGCCGAGGCCAUUGUGCCAGCUCUGAAUGAUGGACUGUGUGUGUUGUGGUGUUUGUUUCACAUUAAGUGAUAAUACCUGUGACUGCAUGUGCUAGAAAAAGAAAAGACCAAAAACUAAUUAUUUUGUCAAUUUUAGACAACUUCUGGUUUUUCACCUCAAAUCUAAGACCCUCUCUUUUUCUAAUACUGACUGUUAGUCUAUGAUAGAUUCCCCCCCUCCCGUUCUGUGACUAUGUAUCCAGCCAACUUGAAUGCUUUCGACACCUUGUAGAGUCCAUGUCCCGAUGAAUUGAGGCUGUUCUGAGGGCAAAGGGGGAGGGGGGGGGCAACUCAAUAUUAGGAAGAUGUUCCUUAUGUUUUGUACACUCAGUGUAUAUUCUAUUAUGUUUAUUUGGAUUCAAAUAAAGCACUCAGAUGUGUGUGUAUGUCCACAGCUGAUGGAGGUGACAGGAAAGACCCAGGACGAGUGCAUGGUAGCUCUCCACGACUGCAAUGAGGAUGUCAACAGAGCCAUCAACUUCCUCCUUGAGAGCACCUCUGACACGGUAGGGCAGAGGGGACUGACUCUAACGCUACCUUUCAAUUUCCUUCAGCCUCUUUCCUUCGGGCGGUUAGUCAUCGCUAACUUAGCGUCACCUCAAACACUUUGUUUUCCUAAUAAAUACCACCCUGAAGUAGCUGUCACCCGAACCAUAACAGCUGAGCUUUUCUGCCUUUGUUUUCUGGUUUAGUGAUGCUCAUUGUUGACUCAGGAGAGUGGAGUGGCUGGUGGUAACAUGGUAUGGAAUCUAACCAGUUGCUACAUAGCUUUUUUGUACUGGACUCUUAACCACACACUCACACAUACUAAACUGACACUCCAACACAUGGACACACACAAAACACACACACACACAUGCAUAUUGACGCCACACACACGUACAGUGCAUUCGGAAAGUAUUCAGACCCCUUGACUUUUUCCACAUUUUGUUACGUUACAGCCUUAUUCUAAAAUUGAUUCAAUAAAAAAUGUUCUCAUCAAUCUACACACAAUACCCCAUUAUGACAAAGCGAAAACAGGUAUUUAGACAUAAAAAACAGAUACACUACCGUUCAAAAGUUUGGGGUCACUUAGAAAUGUCCUUGUUGUCAAAAGAAAAUCAUUUUUUUUUGUCCAUUAAAAUAAAAUUGAUCAGAAAUACAGUGUAGACAUUGUUAAUGUUGUGAAUGGCUAUUGUAGCUGGAAACGGCUGAUUUUUAACGGAAUAUCUACAUAGGCGUACAGAGGCCCAUUAUCAGCAACCAUCAGUCCUGUGUUCCAAUGGCACGUUGUGUUUGCUAAUCCAAGUUUAUCAUUUUAAAAGGCUAAUUGAUCAUUAGAAAACCCUUUUUCAACUAUGUUAGCACAGCUGGAAACUGUUGUGCUGAUUAAAGAAGCAAUAAAACUGGCCUUCUUGAGACUAGUUGAGUAUCUGGAGCAUCAGCAAUUGUGGGUUCGAUUACUGGCUCAAAAUGGCCAGAAACAAAUAACUUUCUUCUGAAACUCAUCAGUCUAUUCUUGUUCUUGGAACCACCAAGACUCCUCAUAGAGCUGGCCGCCCGGCAGGGAGGUGACCAAGAACCCGAUGGUCACUCGGAGUUCCUCUGUGGAGAUGGGAGAAUCUUCCAGAAGGACAACCAACUAUGCAGCACUCCACCAAUCAGGCCUUUAUGGUAGAGUGGCCAGACGGGAGCCACUCCUCAGUAAAAGGCACAUGACAACCCGCUUGGAGUUUGCCAAAAGGCACCUAAAGGACUCAGACCAUGAUAAACAAGAUUCUCUGGUCUGAUGAAACCAAGAUUGAACCAAGCGUCACAUCUGGAGGAAACCUGGCACCAUCCCUACGGUGAAGCAUGGUGGUGGCAGCAUCAUGCUGGGGGAUGUUUUUCAGCGGCAGGGACUGGGAGACUAGCCAGGAUCGAGGGAAAGAUGAACGGAGCAAAGUACAGAGAGAUCCUUGAUGCAAACCUGCUCCAGAGCGCUCAGGACCUCAGACUGGGGGCGAAGGUUCACCUUCCAACAGGACAACUACCCUAAGCACACAGCCAAGACAACGCAGGAGUGGCUUCGGGACAAUUCUCUGAAUGUCCUUGAGUGGCACAGCCAGAGCCCGGACUUGAACCCGAUCAAACAUCUCUGGAGAGACCUGAAAAUAGCUGUGCAGCAACGCUCCCCUUCCAACCUGACAGAGCUUGAGAGGAUCAGCAGAGAAGAAUGGGAGAAACUCCCCAAAUACAGGUGUGCCAAGCUUGUAGAGUCAUAUCCAAGAAGACGAGGCUGUAAUAGCUGCCAAAGGUGCUUCAACGAAGUACUGAGUAAAGGGUCUGAAUACUUAUGUAAAUAAAAUAUUUCCGUUUUUUAUUUUUAUACAUUUGCAAAAGAAAAUAAAAACUGUUUUUGCUUUGUCAUUAUUGGUUAUUGUGUGUAGGUUGAUGAGGACAAAAAUAUUUUAAUCAAGUUUAGAAUAAGGCUGUAACGUAACCAAAUGUGGAAAAACUCAAGGGGUCUGAAUACUUUCCGAAUGCACAUUCCUUCACACUCUUCACAUACGCUGCUACUACUCUCUGUUUAUUAUCUAGGCAUAGUCACUUUAUCCCUACCUACAUGUACGCAUUACCUCAAUUACCUCGAUUAACCCCUACCCCUGCAAAUUGACUCAGUACCGGUACCGCUUGUAUAUAGCCUUGUUAUUUUGUGUUACUAUUUUUCCUUUAGGUUAUUUAGCACAUUUUUCUUACUUACAUUUUUAAAACUCUGCAUUGUUGGUUAAGGGCUCGUAAGUAAGCAUUUCACGGUAAGGUCUACACCUUUUGUAUUCGGCGCAUUUGACAAAUAGAAUUUGAUUUGAUCUACAUCUGUUAGAGUUGGAGCACAGAUCUGAUAGGGGCUGUGCAGUGGCAUAAGUGACGGAAAUAUGUUUUUACGUUUUCUACUGGACAGAUGACAUAAUGUCCUUAAUACAGUAAUUGUAUCUACAGUGGAUUGAAUCAGCCUAAAGACUUUUAAAUGUGCUUCAGGCAAUGGAUCUCUUAAUGACCCUUGCCACAGCCCCUUCCAAUCAAGCCCCAUCUAUCCAAGGAAACUGAAACUAGGGGCUUGUGGCAACUGUGCCAGGGGGACUUUUUUUUUCAGGAGAGCAAUAGAAAAAGUAUUAUAGCCUCUGAAUCUAGGAUGAACAACACUUGUCACUUUUUCUGUCAGCGCCAGAUUCAGUAGUAAAAUAAUCCAGGCAUUUCAGAGGAGGGCACAGCAGCACAGAUGGUGAAAUGAGAGAGAUCUCCACUACAGUUACACUGUUGUUUCUUGGAUGUCCUGAAAUAGAAAGUGGGUCAUUUUGCUCCUAUGUAUGUAAUCCUCCCAUGAUAUAAUCAGCUUCUGCUGCCUGCCUGCCCUGUGGUCAUUAACACUUUGAUUUGUCAAUGACAUUGAGACACUGCAGAAGGAGGAGUACAGAGGCCAAAAACAUACGUGUCAAUUCCAUCCAUCCAUUUUUUAUCUUACAUUGACUAUUUUGGACUUUGAAGUUAAUGGGAAAGGAAGAAGUUCAAGCAGUUGUAGACUUUGUAAGAUUUGACUUAACUUUUAUUCCUGCAGUCUGUAGGUCUUUUCCACUCUUUCCCCUCCUCUCCAAUCGCAUCUCCUCUCCCCUUCUCUCACCUCCAUUUCCCUUUUCCUCCCCCUCGCUCUCUCUCAAAGCAAAUUAGGAUCAAUAAGGAGAGAUCAAAAGUCAGUCUCUCUCAUUCAAUUUCAAUUUAAGGGCUUUAUUGGCAUGGGAAACAUGUUUACAUUGCCAAAGCAAGUGAAAUCGAUAAUACAUUUAAGUGAAAUACAUUUUUUUUUUUUUUUUAUACAGUAAACAUUACACUCCAAAAGAAUAAAGACAUUUCAAAUGUCAUAUUAUGUGCAAAUAGUUAAAGUACAAAUGGGGAAAUAAAUAUGGGUUGUAUUUACAAUGGUGUUCUUCACUGGUUGCCCUUUUCUUGUGGCAACAGGUCAUAAAUCUUGAUGCUGUGAUGGCACACUGUGGUAUUUCACCCAAUAGAAAUGGGAGUUUAUCAAAAUUGGGUUUGUUUUUUAAUUCUUUGUGGGUCUGAGGGAAAUAUGUGUCUCUAAUAGGCUCAUACAUUCUCUAUCUCUCUCAGACCUCAUGGGAGACAGUUGGGAAGAAGAAACCCCUAGCGAAGGACGGCCCGGCGGAGGGCAAGGAGAACCGGGAGAAGAAGGGAGGAGAGAGAGAGGGCAGCAGGGGCCGCGGGGGGAGCAAUCGGAGAGGCAGGGGGGCCAGCAACCGCAGUCGCCAGGUUGAGAGAGGUUAGGGGGCCACGGAAUCUCUCAAAUUCUAUGCAUAUGUUAAUAAACGAGGCACUAUACCACUAGGCCUAAUUGAUUACCUAAGAGCCUGGAAGAAUGAGAAGUCAGUAAGCUGUCAAGGAUUUGAGUUAUUCAACCAUGGUGUGGUUAGUACAUUUACAGUCAGUGUUUAUUCUCAUUGGCGAUACUUUGGAUUAGAGAACACUACAUAGAGCACAUACUAAGAAUGAACAGCCAGCCAAUUUGUCAUUAAGCAAUUCAUUCGCCAUCAAUGCACUAUUCAGCAGAAUUGCUUACUAGGCAGCACAUAGCUUUGCCGCCUAUUCUAUGUACUGACCUUAAUCACUAAAUCCUCUCUCUGUUGGUCUCUCCCUACUUCUCUCUCCAUCUCUAUCGCUAUCCCUCUCUCUCUGUCUCCCUCUUUGUCCCUCUCCCCCUCGCUUUCUCGCUCCUUCGCUCUCUUGGUCUCUCUGUGCAGUGCGGCCAGAGGAAAAUGGUAUGGAGGCGGGCCCUGGCCCUUUGGACAGAGGGUCAGAGCGAGGUCGCAGGGGGGGAAGAGGGGGUAGAGGUGAGUGUCAAUUAGUGGCACUUUCUCAUAUGUUCCAGUCAACACUCCCAGGUAACUUAGGUGCUCUCUUAACUUCACACCAUUUUUCUGGUGCCAUGCUUACUGUGUGUUGAGCUUGUGCGGGUCUGUGUGGUUCAGUUGGGUCUGGAGGCAGAGGAAGGGGCAGGGCGCCAGCGGGAAGCAGGUUCUCAGCCCAGGGAAUGGGGUGAGUUCUGUAAUACACAAACACAUACAAACUCGUACACACACAACUGUCCUUUUUUGGUUCCUCGUACACCAGUUUUUCUUAAACCUAAACCACACCUACCCUCAUUCUCUCUCUCCCUCUCCUCAGGACCUUUAACCCAGCGGACUACACCCCAGAACAGGGGACAGGGACCACACAAGGUGACGCUUGGGAGACAGGGGCCAACAACAGCAACAGCACAGACGGGACAGGUGAGGCUUCACACAGAGAAUAACUAAUCUAAUUAGCAUAAUAAUAAUAAUCCCCAUCUAAAUCAGUCUAAGCUAGAUAUCUGUUUUUUUGUUUGUUUGUUUUUUGUUUGUUUUUUUGUACUUUUUACCCCUUUUUCUCCCCAAUUUCGUGAUAUCCAAUUGGUAGUUACAGUCUUGUCCCAUCGCUGCAACUCCCGUACGGACUCGGGAGAGGUGAAGGUCGAGAGCCAUGCGUCCUCCGAAACACGACCCUGACAAGCCGCACUGCUACUUGACACACUGCUCGCUUAACCCGGAAGCCAGCCGCACUGAUGUGUCGGAGGGAACAAUAUCUGUUUUUUUUGCAUGGACUGCGUCUCAAUCCACUGCAUCUGCCAAUGGUGGCCUUCCGCAUCUGCGGUGGAAGGUGGCUGAGCUACAGCGGUGUGUCAGACCAUGCGACAUCCCAUAAAUUGGUCUUCUCACGAAAACGUCUGUAGCAUCUGAAUGGUUUGGUUUACAACUCUAUGGAAAGAUGAGACUCUCACGAACCGGAUGGUGUUCUCUGUUUUGCUCUACGACCCCCACAAGUCUGAAGUUGGUACUGCCGAUCUGUCAACUUCUGUCUAUAGCUUCCGAACAGUUUUGGCUACACGCUAAUAUGACCUCUCUAUGGAAAGGUGAGACUCUCAUGAACAUAUACAUGUCGGUUGUUUUGCUCUAGGACGAUCACAAGACCUGUCUGAAGGUAAGAUCACCAUGCGCAAUGCCAAGCGUCGGCUGGAGUGGUGUAAAGCUUGCGGCCAUUGGACUCUAGAGCAGUGAAAACGCAUUCUCUGGAGUGAUGAAUCACACAGUUUAGUGCACCAAAAUAAUUGUUAAAUAUGGGUAUAAAAAAAAUUCCUGAUCUUAUAUCUCUCAGAUAUAGGACAGACACUUUAAAACAAACUUCCUUUAGAUUUAUUUUUUGACUAUCUGUUUUUCCACGUAUGAAUCUGUUAUUCAAUGUGUUUCUAUGGGCUAAUAGCAGUAAGGCCAAAUUCAAUGGUUAAUUAUUUAUUUUUAUACCUAAAGGGGUGCUAGAAUUCUAAAUUCUUAAAACAAUUCCAGAUGUUAGCUUAGGAGGAAACAAGGGGCGAAUCUCAAUUGCAUUUCCUUGAUUCGUCGCAUCCUCUCUCUUCGUCUCUUUCUCAAAACCCAUUGGAUGAGAAGGUCAGAGGUCCCUCCCCCUCAACUUGUUAUCCAAUGGGUUUUGAGAAAGAGUCAAGGAGAGAGGAUGUGAGGAUUCAAGGAAAUGCAAUUGAGAUUCUCCUCUGGUUUCCUCCAUUUCUCACCUCCGCUCCUCUCCCCCACUGUGCUUUGAGAGGAAGGUCCUCCCUUUGGGCUCGAAUGCACUUUCAAGGACAGCGGACGCAAGCAUUUGACGGCUAGUUUUCAGACUCAGACACGCACACCAAUGCUUAAAGAGUUUACUGAUUAUUUCAUUAUUGAUUAUUAUUAAUAUUGUCAAUGAUUUUCUUGGUAGAACCCACUGUAUUAUUGUAUUAUGUUAUUAUAUCAAUCAAAAUAUAGAAGCUCUUGUUUAUCUUUUCCAUUCUUCAGGAAUGUUUAGCAUGGCUAUAAAUGAUAGAGAAGUUGACUAAAGCACAAACAGACCUUGUUUCUAGGCUUGACAAAGAAACAUGCGGUGUCCAUGUUUCAAGUGACAUUUUGAAUGACAUAUAGAUGUUCUGUUGUUGCUAGGUGGAAUUAUGUUCUCAUUGUGCCUAACUAGACUUUUAUUCCUGUAACUACUCAUGUGAAGCUGCAAGAAAAUCAUAUUUAAAUGUAUAUCAAACUAUUUUGAAAUUUUGACCCUGAUGUCACAAAUUGGGCCCUUUAUUUAUAGAAAGACCCAUAUGCUCUUGUAUAGUUUACUGCAAUUUUGUAUUUGUAAUGUGACCUUAUAGACUGUUGCUAGGGAAAUGUCCCUAGCAAUGCCCCUGAAUUACAGUCCAUAUUCGCAAACGCCUCUCCAAUAAGCCCCUGUGUUCUUUCUGUUCAUCUCUGACCUCUGACCUCUGACCCCUCUCUGGUGUACCCCUGCAGUGGCCUGGAGGAGUACUCUGGAGGACUGGGCUGCUGAGGACUGGAGCGAAGAGUUGAGUGUGAGUCUGGGUAAUGGGUAAUGGGGACUGGGGAGUAGUAGUGGUCAGGGGGUGGAAGGAGCUUUCAGUCUUAUGUUCACAUUUUGACAUUUAUUUUCCAGAUGGAACACAUACAUGUCCAGGGCUGUAAAGUGCGACGAUUUUGGUCGCAUAUGCUCCUUAAUAUUCUGGUGUGCGACCUGUAAUUUUAAAAUGGGAGGUCCAGUGUGCCUAGAAAAAAAAUCACCCACAUAAUAAUUGUUGUAACCUUUAUUACCUCAUUAGCUAGCUAGCUAGCUAACAACCUGGUAACUUGACCAGUAUAUCCAAACAUUUGAUGGCACAGAAAGAAAGGAAAAAGGAUAGCUUCUUCAGAAGAUCAAUGAUCAUAACAAUAAAUGAAUGACAGCUCUUGCAUGUUGUCCUCAUAAACUUUCUUAAAGAUGUUGUCCUCUGUAGCUCAAUUGGUAGAGCAUGGCGCUUGUAACGCCAGGGUAGUGGGUUCGAUCCCCGGGACCACCCAUACGUAAAAAUGUAUGCACACAUGACUGUAAGUCGCUUUGGAUAAAAGCGUCUGCUAAAUGGCAUAUUAUUAUUAUUGUUAUUAUUAAAGAGAAGGUGUACAAUUUUCUAUGUAAUGCAUCUCAAUAGGAAAAUUGUUAUUUUACAUAAUGUAGAAACCUAAUAUUCCACAAAUGACUUUUAUUUCAAUUACAUUUGAGCUUUUUAUAAUAAACAAACGUAUUUACAGGGUUAGAUAUUCGUUUGUAGGGAGCAACGUGCUUCAGAAGUAGCUGGAAUUAAUAUAGGCUAUAUCGAUUAAACAAUAUCUUAUUUUCUGGUGCUCCUGAAUUUUAUGUUGUUCUCCUAACCUUUUAAAGUUGGGAGCACCAGUGCUACCAUUGAAAUGUUUUAAUUUCGAGCCUUGUACAACAGUUUACUAGUUCAUACAGUGUGAGGUUUAUGCUAGUUCAAAUGAAACGUUCCUUGAAGUGGACAUUGUCAGAUCAGCUGUUUUGGAUGGUCAUUUAACAAAACUAUAGUUAACCUUAUGUCUCACAACUUGGCCUAUUGCAUUUGUCAAUAACCCUCUCUCUGUCUCCCCUUAGCUCUCAGAGACCAAAGUGUUCACCGCCUCAAGUGCACCUGCACCUCAGAACCACAUCACACCUGGGCAAAGGUAACUCCCCGCUCAACAUCCGCACAACUAGCUAGGGCACCCACCCGUCACAUGUCAACACUGCUUUUGGUGUUGGGACAAUACCAGCCCAGUGGUGCACAAAACAACAGCUUGACCUCUUUGCCAGGUUUAUUCCAUGGAGUGAUAUGUUUGACCCAGCUGCUUUGGUAGAUCCAUUUGGAUGUGCACAAUAAUUAGGAAGGAUGUAUGGAUCCUUCCCUUGAGACAUGGUCCCCAUUAUGACUGUGUUGAUUUAAUCAGACUUUCUCCAUAAUGGGUAUGUGUGUUAUAGAAAUAGUAUAAUGUGUUGUAAUAAUUGUAUGUAUGUGUGUCUCCUGUAGUCUGGACCUGGCCUCUCUGCUGCAGAAGCCAGUGGGAGAAGGAGUGGAUGCCCCCUCCUCUCAGAGCCUGGUUUUCACCAACUCCCACCAUCAUCCCCCCCGCAACGGGUCGGCUAUCGGCACGGGCAGCACCAGCUACGCACACGCCGCCCUGGUGAGCCGUACUCCUGCCGUUAAAACUUUUCGGAUACAUACACCACAUGACCAAAAGUAUGUGGACACCUGCUCGUCGAACAUCUCAUUCCAAAACCAUGGGCAUUAAUAUGGAGUUGGUCCCCCCUUUGCUGCUAUAACAGCCUCCACUCUUCUGGGAAGGCUUUCCACUAGAUGUUGGAACAUUGCUGCGGGGACUUACUUCCAUUCAGCCACGAGCAUUAGUGAGGUCAGGCACUGAUGUUGGGUGAUUAGGCCUGGAUCGCAGUCAGCGUUCCAAUUCAUCCCAAAGGUGUUCGAUGGGGUUGAGGUCAGGGCUCUGUCCAUUUCUAUAUGGACCUCACUUUGUGCAUGGGGCAUUGUCAUGCUGAACAGGAAAGGGCCUUCCCCAAACUGUUGCCACAAAGUUGGAUGCACAAAAUCCUCUAGAAUGUCAUUGUAUGCGGUAGCGUUAAGAUUUCCCCUCACUGGAACUAAGGGGCCUAGUCCGAACCAUGAAAAACAGCCCCAGACCAUUAUUCCUCCUCCACCAAACUUUACAGUUGGCACUAUGCAUUGGGGCAGGUAGCGUUCUCCUGGCAUCCGCCAAACCCAUAUUCGUCCGUCGGACUGCCAGAUGGUGAAGCGUGAUUCAUCACUCCAGAGAAUGCGUUUUCACUGUUCCAGAGGCCAAUGGCGGCGAUCUUUACACCACUCCAGCCUACGCUUGGCAUUGCGCAUGGUGAUAGGCUUGCGUGUGGCUGCUCGGCCAUGGAAACCUAUUUCAUGAAGCUCCCGACAAACAGUUAUUGUGCUGGUGGCAUCCUACGACGGUGCCACGUUGAAAGUCACUGAGCCCUUCAGUAAGGCCAUUCUACUGCCAAUGUUUGUCUAUGGAGAUUGCAUGGCUGUGUGCUCGAUUUUAUGUGGCUGAAAUAGCCAAAUCCACUAAUUUGAAAGGGUGUCCACAUACUUCGGAAAGUAUUCAGACCCCUUGACUUUUUCCACAUUUUGUUACGUUACAGCCUUAUUCUAAAAUGGAUGAAAUAAAGAAAAAUCCUCAGCAAUCUACACACAAUACCCCAUAACAACAAAGCGGAAAUACGUUUUAAAAAACAGAAAUACCUUAUUUACAUAAGUAUUCAGACCUUUUGCUAUGAGACUCGAAAUUGAGCUCAGGUGCAUCCUGUUUCCAUUGAUCAUCCUUGAUGUUUCUACAACUUGAGUCCACCUGUGGCAAAUUCAAUUGAUUGGACAUGAUUUGGAAAGGCACACACCUGUCUAUAUAAGGUCCCACAGUUGACCGUGCAUGUCAGAGCAAAAACCAAGCCAUGAGGUCGAAGGAAUUGUCCGUAGAGCUCCGAGACAGGAUUGUGUCGAGACACAGAUCUGGGGAAGGGUACCAAAACAUGUCUGCAGCUUUGAAGGUCCCCAAGAACACAGUGGCCUCCAUAAUUCUUAAAUGGAACAAAUUUGGAACCACCAAGACUCUUCCUAGAGCUGGCCGCCUGGCCAAACUGAGCAAUCGGGGGAGAAGGGUCUUGGUCAGGGAGGUGACCAAGAACCCGAUGGUCACUAUGACAGAGCUCUAGAGUUCCUCUGUGGAGAUGGGAGAACCUUCCAGAAGGACAACCAUCUCUGCAGCACUCCACCAAUCAGGCCUUUAUGGUAGAGUGACCAGACGGAAGCCACUCCUCAGUAAAAGGCACAUGACAGCCCGCUUGGAGUUUGCCAAAAGGCACCUAAAGACUCUCAGACCAUAAGAAACAAGAUUCUCUGGUCUGAUGAAACCAAGAUUGAAAUCUUUGGCCUGAAUGCCAAGCGUCACAUCUGGAGGAAACCUGGUACCAUCCCUACGGUGAAGCACGGUGGUGGCAGCUUCAUGCUGGGGGGAAUGUUUUUCAGCGGCAGGGACAGGGAGACUAGUCAGGAUCGAGGCAAAGAUGAACGGAGCAAAGUACAGAGAGAUCCUUGAUGAAAACCUGCUCCAGAGAGCUCAGGACCGCAGACUGGGGCGAAGGUUCACCUUCCAACAGGACAACGACCCUAAGCACACAGCCAAGACAACGCAGGAGUGGCUUCGGGACAAGUCUCUGAAUGUCCUUGAGUGGCCCAGCCAGAGCCCGGACUUGAACCCGAUCGAACAUCUCUGGAGAGACCUGAAAAUAGCUUUGUAGCAACGCUCCCCAUCCAACCUGACAGAGUUUGAGAGGAUCUACAGAGAAGAAUGGUAGAAACUCCCCAAAUACAGGUGUGCAAAGCUUGUAGCGUCAUACACAAGAAGACUCAAGGCUGUAAUUGCUGCCAAAGCUGCUUCAACGAAGUAGUGAAUAAAGGGUCUGAAUACUUAUGUAAAUGUGAUAUUUCCGUUUUGAUUAGGGAACAAAACAAUUUAAUCAAUGUUAGAAUAAGGCUGUAACCUAACAAAUUGUGGAAAAAGUCAAGGGGUUUGAAUACUUUCCGAAGGCACUGUAUAGUGUAUUUCCCUUACUUGAUCGCCAUAUUUUGCUUGUAUUAACAUAGGGCCACAUUCAUUCUGCAAAUAUUUCUUAAACAAUGUACAAACCCUCCAAUCCAACUCUCUCCUUCUGUCUGCCAGUCGUCAGUGCUGGGGGCAGGUUUCGGGGACCUGGGCCAGUCUAAGAGGAGUCAGUCCAGUCCGGGGGCCCAGAUCUUGGAGCAGCUGAAGGGCCCGGGCCUGGGUCCUCUCCCCUCCUCCCAGGCAGCCCCCCCUCCCAGCACGCAGGGGGCCAGCAACACCUCUCUGGGGAGUAGACUCCCAGGGCUAGGAGGAGCCCCCCCUGUUCUCCCUCCGCCUUCCACUUCAAGCUGGGAUGUCAAGGCCCCAGAGCCCAGCGCCACCACGUCCUCACACACCUCACACUUCAGCCGUGAGUCGCACACACUCAAACACUUUUUAUCCGAUUUUUAUUAGAGAUUUACCUAAAUCAUCUAUCAUUUCAAAUACCUGGCAUAUGGCUUUUCUUUGUUAAAUGGCCAUGCGUCUAUGUGGUGGUUGUGUCCAUAUGCCUGGCUGAUCUGUAUUUGUGUGUGUUUGCCCUCCAGGGGAGUUUAAGCUGAAGCCUGAGCCAUCCCUGGUGCUGAGCCAGCUGGCUCAGAGACACUGCGCCCCCUCCCUUCCCCUUGUGCGCCAGCCCAGCCCCCCGCCAGCCCAAUCCCCCUCCCCCAUCCAGGGACCCCCCCAGGCCGCCAUCGGUGCCAAGCCUGCCCCCAGCGCAGGGCCGGACCCUCAAGGCAGCAGCCCGCUGCAGCAGCACCGCGUUCCGCAGCUAAAGGCCCAGAAACGAAGGAUACCUCCCACCUCCAAGGUAAAAGGAACCAUAGACAAGUAUUUCCUCGAUUCCCUGUGUGUGUUCAAGGAAUCAAGGACGGUAGGAAUCAAGGAAAGAAUUGGGCUUCACUCACUAUGUAGGACAGGGAUGGUCAACAUUGGCUAUCAAGGCUCUUGUUUUAGGCCAGUACUAACACACCUGAUUGAUCUAAUCCAAGUCUUGAUGCUUAAUUGAUCAAUUCCCAGCAUUGAAGAGCACUGCUUUAAAUGAAGAAGCUAAGUGUUUGAGGGGAUUGGGGAUCAAGAUUAUCAAAUUUGUGCAGAUCCUUACACAGGCCGAUCCUCUCAAAUGCAAGGAUUGUGAAUAAUACAAAUAAUGAUGUUUCCGACAAUGAGUCCCCUCUGAGUGAGAGCUUUCCCCUCCACUCCAGAUCCCCUCGUCGGCGGUGGAAAUGCCUGGCUCUGCCGACGUCCCCGGUCUUAAUGUUCAGUUCGGAGCGCUGGACUUUGGCUCGGAGGCGGCCCUGCCGGACUUUGGCCCUGUGGAGACGUGUGUCACCGGGGGCUCCAGGGAAUCCACCCCGGCGCCACAGAGCCAGACCAGCCUCUAUUCCAAUCCCAUCAGGUGGGUCACAAUAUCCACCAUGGGUGUAUGUUUGAAAUGAGGUGAAAGUUGCAGAGAGAAAAAGUAACGAGUUUACAUGAUUCCACAUUUUGCCUCACAGACAGUCCUAUCUCUUCUGCACAAUAUUUUUGUUAUUCUAUGUUAUAUUCUAUGUUUGUGUAUAUUCUGUUAUUUUGCACUCCUAAACAGACCCCAGGAGUAGUCAACAGAUUGAAGACCAUGCUAGCUCACCCUAGAAGUGUAUAUGAAGUCUUCAUAUUAUACAUUUUCAAUUGUCUCGACAUAGUUUAACUAAAACCUCCUUCUCGGGUUUGUCUCCAGUGAAUCUAUGAGCACCUCUCUCUCCGUCCCCCUCCCUCUCUCAUCCUCUGAGCCCGUCUACCACUCCCCGUCGGUGCCCAUGCCCAGCCUCGCCCCCUCCUCUAUGGGUACGGUCAGCUCCUCCACUUCCUCCUCCUCCAUCUCCUCCUCGGUGCCCUCCUCUUCCACAUCUCCCUUUGUCUCAGUGGGGAGCGGUUAUGACUGUGGGCCUGUGGCACCUCACUCACGCCUGGCCUUCUCCCAGAGCAAAGAGGCACCCGGGCCAAUCAUGGUGAGUUUAAGUUGGGCUAAUGUAAGCCAUAACGAACACACUGCAGGCCACCAGGGUGGUAUUCAUUAGGCACCAAACGGAAGAAAACGUCCAGAAACCGGGAUAGACUACCUGAACUUGUCCUAUAAGAAUAGCUUGUUUUUGUGUUCUGUUGCAGAAGGUUUUGGCUACGGUGUGCCCUAAUGAACAGGACCCAGACCUCCCACACAGGCUCAGUGUCCUGGGUUGUGCAAUAAUGAGAUACAUCAUUUGUUGUGUAUGAAAUAUGAAUGCAUUUUGCACUGUUGGGAUAAUAAAGAUAAGUUGACAUGGGUGAAGAAUCCAAUGUUAACUUUGUCGUUUGCUCGUCUCAACAGAACGGUCUGAACGGUGUGAGGACGUCUGCUAUGGACCGUAAGUUACACAUUUCAUUAAUUCAUUCAGUGCUGCUCUUUUUGUCAGUUGACCUCAGGAUUUGUGUUGUAAUUGAUUGUUUCCCUCUCUCUAUCCCCAGCUUCGUCAGCCUCUACGCCAAAGCCAGAGUCUCCCUCUCUGAGCAUCAGUACCAGCAGUGCCCCUGCCCCCUCUGCACUCAUGCCCUCCUCCAUACCCCCCCACAGCUCAGCACUCCCCAGUCUGCCACACGACAUGCCCUCUGCCAGCCUGGCGACACUCAGCAGGUUACACGCACUUGCCUUUACGUCUUAGAAUGUGUGCUUGUAUUGAUGUGAGUUAGAGACAAUUUAUAUAUACAGAAUUCAAGUUUGCCAUUAUAGGCUAGAAAUGCAGUUACUUUCUUGUAUAUAGUGAUAUUAAUAAGCUUGAUCAUGAAUAUAUCUAAAUCAAGAGCAGAAGGCAAAUGGUGAUAAUGAAGAUACAGUGAUGGGUAGAUAUUAAGGACAUUCAUUAAUGUAUCUCUCCCUCUCUUCUCUCUCUCUACAUUGUAGCCAUGGCAGCAGUAGUCAUUCCUCUCUCACUGUGAGUACUGGUCAACAGACACACGUACACACACGCUUCUUUAAGAGAUGACCAUGCAGAGUACAACCUCCUCUGUAACUAACUCUCUCGGUUUCUCUCUCCUUCUCUCACUCUACCUCUCUCUGUGUAGUAUACCAGUGUGGACAGUAGUGUGAGCUCUCUGGCACCUUCGUCUGGCUCCUACUCCUCUGCCCCAGCCCAGGCCCCAGCCCAGUCGCCCCACCAGGUCAACAGCAGCAUGGCUCACGUCAUGGGCACCAUGAGCCACAUGAACAGCAUGGUCAGUAGCAUGGGUGGUAGCGGGCUUCACACCAGCCAAGCACUGGGGCUUAGUGCCAACGGGACCACGGCCCAAUCGAACCUCUCCUCCGUCCCCAGGACCGCACCGCUGCUCUCCUCCUCAACUGGUACGCUCAAACACACACACAAACACACAAACAUACAUGAAUAUACGCACACACACUAAUGUAUAUACAUACUCGUACAGUCACGUUCACCUACGUAUUAAAACAGAAACGUAAAGCCUAUAACUGAAACAGUAAUUCUGUCUAGAUAGCAGUGUGUGAGUGUGUUUGUCCUUGUGUUUUUCAGGUAAAGCUCCUCCUAACCUGUCUCAGGGGGUGCCACCACUACUGCCCAACCAGUACAUCAUGGGCCCAGGAGGCCUGCUGCCUGCCUACCCGGUAACUAUUUUGUGUGUGUGUGUGUGUGUCACUGAAAGUAGUCAAUAGGCCAGGAGAGACAAAGUAAAGAAACAUCUGUCUUUUGUUAUUUGGGUGUACGAUCUAUUCAAGUGACUGUACUGGCCCUGUGUUCCACAGCAGAUCUAUGGCUAUGAGGACCUCCACAUGCUACAGUCCAGACUUCCUAUGGUGAGUCUCAAUCAAUGAUUAAAUGUACACUAGAUGACUGACAGGGGGCGCUGUUUUGAAGCCACCUCGCCUCAAUCUUGGCACUUGGCACUUCCCACAUAUUGUUUUUGCAUUAAUAUGAAAAGUGUAUUCUAAAAUAUUAAAAUACUGUAUGUCAUGUCUCAAAAUCGAUGUCUAUCUUACCUCUAUAUUGUUUUAUGUCCUCUGGAUUGGAGAAGAAAGAUGACGAGUUAAACAGUGAGCCUGUCAGUUGGCCUUAAUUCUGGCACAGCAUCCAGCCUAGCUGACGCAAUGCUAUUUUCCUGAUUUUUGACCCCAAAAAAAUUCUGGCCUCCAUUGAUUUAGUCACCCAAUUUUGGCCAUCCUACAAGGGUAAAAACUUCCAUUACUUUUGAACGGAUGAUGAUAGAGACAUGAGGUUUGGACCACUGGUUUUCUUAGAGGGUUAUCUACACAAGUAACAUAUUAUUUUACCCAUUUAUCAAAAUAUGCGUUUUUGAUUGGACACCCUACUCUACUAGUCUGGGGUACCAGUCUUUUUAGCUAACAGACUGGCCUUUCGGCAAUCUCAACGUUCAAUAUGCAGGAGGAUUUACGGCGCAGUUGCUGAUUGGUAGUUGGAAACAACAUUUCUAUUUUCCAUGACAACGUUAUGGAACAUGGGGUGCGUGCAAAUUUGGCGCAAUAUAGAAUUAGAAUUUUAAGAACAACAAUCAACAAUACCGUUACAACUUGCUGUGGUCAUUCCCUUGUGAGAAGGCAGUGUCAAUGCAUGAACAUGUUGUUCAAAGUGGCAAGAGAGGACUCCGUAUUGAGAGAGAGAGAAAUAAUGAUACGGAAAAUACUGUAUUAGCCCAUGAGAUUCAAUCGAGCAAAACUGGCACUUGUCGUCAUUCCUCGUACUUGCUGAUCGUGACUGAUUUCAACAUCAAGUCUAGAAGAUAAAAGGCUGCACUGAUAACUCGUGCUUGGCUGCCAAAUGUACAGGUGGCUGCCAAAUGUACAGGUGUCCCCAUAGGCCUAAUAUUUAAAAUUGAGGAAAUAUGAUCAUAAUCAUUAUUUUAGUGAUCCACGUUAGACGUCACUCCUAAUGAAAAGGCUACCCAUCCUGCUGAUGUGAGCUGCCGGACAGUGCACUUGCACUUGAUAUGUGUUUAUGGAUGAGAACGUGAGCUUGCCAUUUCCAAAAAGGAGCUCAGUCCCUGCUUUGCGAUCCGUUGAAUACGUCAACAGCCAGGGUCUCAAAUAGACCUAGGCACUACACCUUUUUUAUUGCACAUUUAAUUAAACUGACACAUUUGUGGAUGUUCGACUUCAAUUCAUUGGCAUAAAACGUGCGUCAGACAAAAAUGCAUUGCACAGGUGGUGAACACCUUAAUUCAGUGUAGUAGGCUAGGCCUAAUAUGUGCAAUUCGGAAUGUGUUCAGACCCCUUGACUUUUUCCACAUUUUGUUAUGUUAGCCUUAUUCUAAAAUUGAUUAAAUAAAUUGUUUUCCUCAUCAAUCUACACACAAUACCCUAUAAUGACAAAGCGAAAACAGGUUUUUAGAAUUUUGCACAUUUAUUACAACUAAAAAACUGAAAUACCUUAUUUACUUAAGUAUUCAGACCCUUUGCUAUGAGACUCAAAAUUGAACUCAGGUGCAUCCUGUUUCCAUUGAUCAUCCUUGAUGUUUCUACAACUUGAUUGGAGUCCACCUGUGGUAAAUUCAGUUGAUUGGACAUGAUUUGGAAAGGCACACGUAGAGCUCAGAGACAGGAUUGUGUCGAGGCACAGAUCUGGCGAAGGGCACCAAACAUUUUUGCAUCAUUGAAGGUCCACAAGAACACCGUGGCCUCCAUCAUUCUUAAAUGGAAGAAGUUUGGAACCACCAAGACUCUUCCUAGACCUGGCCGGCCGGCCAAACUCAGCAAUCGGGGGAGAAGGACCUUGGCCACCAAGAACCUGAUGGUCACUCUGACAGAGCUCCAGAGUUCCUCUUUGGAGAUGGGAGAACUUUCCAAAAGGACAACAAUCUCUGCAGCAUUCCACCAAUCAGGCCUUUAUGGUGGCCAGACAGAAGCCACUCCUCAGUAAAAGGCACACGACAGACCACUUUGAGUUUGCCAAAAGGCACAUAAAGGACUUUCAGACCUUGAGAAACAAGACUAUCUGGUCUGAUGAAACUAAGAUUUAACUCUUUGGCCUACGGUGAAGCAUGGUGGUGGCUGCAUCAUGCUGUGGGGAUGUUUUUCAGCAGCAGGGACUGGGAGACUAGUCAGGAUCGAGGGAAAGAUGAACGGAGCAAAGUACAGAGAGAUCCUUGAAGAAAACCUGCUCCAGAGAGCUCAGGACCUCACACUGGGGCAAAGGUUCACCUUCCAACAGGACAACAACCCUAAGCACACAGUCAAGACAACGCAGGAGUGGCUUCGGGACGAGUCUCUGAAUGUCCUUGAGUGGCCCAGCCAGAGCCCAGACUUGAACCCGAUCGAACAUCUCUGGAGACACCUGGAAAUAGCUGUGCAGCGACGCUCCCCAUCCAACCUGACAGAGCUUGAGAGGAUCUGCAGAGAAGAAUGGGAGAAACUCCCCAAAUACAAGUGUGCCAAGCUUGUAGCGUCGUACCCAAGAAGACUCAAGGCUGUAAUCACUGCCAAAGGUGCUUCAACAUUACACAGGAAGCGGCACAGGUCCUAAUCCAGGCACUUGUCAUCUCCCGUCUGGACUACUGCAACUCGCUGUUGGCUGGCCUCCCUGCCUGUGCCAUUAAACCCCUACAACUCAUCCAGAAUGCCGCUGCCCGUCUGGUGUUCAACCUUCCCAAGUUCUCUCACGUCACCCCCCUCCUCCGCACACUCCACUGGCUUCCAGUUGAAGCUCGCAUCCGCUACAAGACCAUGGUGCUUGCCUAUGGAGCAGUGAGGGGAACGGCACCUCUGUACCUUCGGGCUCUGAUCAGUCCCUACACCCAAACGAGGGCAUUGCGUUCAUCCACCUCUGGCCUGCUGGCUCCCCUUCCUCUGCGGAAGCAUAGUUCCCGCUCAGCCCAGUCAAAACUGUUCGCUGCUCUGGCACCCCAAUGGUGGAACAAGCUCCCUCACGACGCCAGGACAGCGGAGUCACUCACCACCUUCCGGAGACAUUUGAAACCCCACCUCUUUAAGGAAUACGGGUCUAAAUACUUAUGUAAAUGUAUAUUUCUGUUUUUUAUUUGUAAUAAAUUAGCAAGCAUUUCUAAAAACCUGUUUUUGCUUUGUCAUUAUUUUUUUUACAUCAAUUUUAGAAUAAGGCUGUAAUGUAACAAUGUGUAAAAAAUCUAAGGGUCUGAAUACUUUCCGAAUGCACUGUAGGCUAGCAUACGAAUGGUAGUUUAAUAGCCUUACACAUCUGUCUUCACUGUUCCUUUCUUGCACAAUUCAUGUGUCUCCGCUGGCAUCUCCAUUGUCCUCUCUCUCUUCCAUCCUCACUCUAUUCCUCUUAUAGCUCUUGAACCAGUAGCCUAUCCCAAUGCGUGUCCCAGAAGUAGCAAUAUAUACUGAGCAAAAAUAUAAACGCAACAUGUAAAGUGUUGGUCCCAUGUAUCAUGAGCUAAAAUAAAAGAUCCCAGAUAUUUUCCAUACGCACAAAAAGCUUAUUUCUCUCUGAUUUUGUGCACAAAUUUGUUUACAUCCCUGUUAGUGAGCAUUUCUCCUUUGCCAAGAUAACCCAUCCAGCUGACAGGUGUGGCAUAUCAAGAAGCUGAUUAAACAGCAUGAUAAUUACAUGGGUUCCCCUUGUGCUGGGGACAAUAAAAGGCCACUCUAAAAUGUGCAGUUUUGUCACGCAACACAAUGCCACAGAUGUCUCAAGUUUUGAGGGGGCGCGCAAUUGGCAUGCUGACUGCAGGAAUGUCCACCAGAGCUGUUGCCAGAGAAUUGAAUGUUCAUUUCUCUACCAUAAGCCCGGACUUUUAGAGAAUUUGUCAGUACAUCCAACCGGCCUCACAACCGCAGACCACGUGUAACCACACAAGCCCAGGACCUCCACAUCCGGCUUCUUCACCUGCAGGAUCGUCUGAGGAGCGGUGCUGAGGAGUAUUUCUGUCUGUAAUAAAGCCCUUUUGUGGGGAAAAACUCAUUCCGAUUGGCUGGGUCUGGCUCCCCAGUGGGUGGGCCUAUGAAUUUAUUUCAAUUGACUGAUUUCCUUCUAUGAAAUGUAACUCAGUAAAAUCUUUGAAAUUGUUGCAUGUUGCGUUUAUAUUUUUGUUCAGUAUAGUUUGGUCACUUAAAAAAAAAUAUAUAUAAUUUGAGGAAAGAAGCACCUUGCUCUUGCUUGCUGGAUAUAAAAUAGGCUACAGUGUUCACACAGUGAACUGGCGGCAAAGUUUGAAUGGCGAGAGCUUCUCUGGUGUGUUGUGAUCACAUUGGCUGGUGGUAAAAAUGCAAUAAAGGGGAAUCCUCUGUUUUUCCCGCAACCAAAUGUUUAUGUUUACAAUUAAAUGUAUUAGGUCAGAAUGUCCAAUGUUAGAAUGUUUCCAUUCAAAUCUAUGAAAUAAGUUAGAUUGUUUUCCUAUCAGUCUAAUUUGCAUAAACAUUGGGAUUCGAUGAUAGCUGUGAGGGUUAUCGAAUCAGAAUCAAAUCCUCUGAUCUCCUCAAGCUCAUUAAUGAUAGAGUGUCAAGGAGUGGAAAGGAGUGGAAUGUAAUAGCUGAACAGAGACGGCAACCAGUCUACUACUCUACUGCCAUUCAUUCCAAUUAGACAGGUUUGGAUUUCUCCCUGACCACAAUGGCUGCCAUUUUCGGACAAUUCUGGAACUUUUAGGGUUUAUGACAUAACCCCUCUAGUAAUUUAAUAGGAUCUCUAUGUUUCUGAUCCUGUCUCUCUCUGUGUAAAGCCCUCUUUGCAGGAUUACUACGGAAUCACAUUCCCUGGUCCCACAGCACUCUCUGGCAGAGAUGGGAGCCUCGCCAAUAACCCUUACUCAGGUAAGCAACUCUGGCAGCGCUACUCUCAAACCGGGUUGGUCAACUUUUUUUAAAAAACUUUUGGAACUAGGUCCAGGAAUUAUAAACUAGUUUGAAAAUAAUUCCAUGACUAGGGAGCUAAGGGGGGGAAAAAAGGGAAAAUCGUUAAUGUUUAGUCUGCUAAAAUAGUAACAGGUACGAUCACAUGCCCCUGCCUCCGCAGGUGAAGUCACAAAGUUUGGCAGGGGUGACUCCACCUCCCCUGCGCCUAGCAGCUUGUCGGCCCAACAGCAGCCACAACAGGGCCAGAGCCAAGGGCAGAGCCAGGCCCAGCCUCAACCCCCCCAGCCCCAGCCUCAAGGCCAGCCCCAGGGCCACCACAGCAGCCAGCAGCAGCAGGCCUUCCUCCCACCAGGCUACAGCUACACAGGCCUGCCCUACUACCCCGGGAUGCCUGGCGCUGCCUUCCAGUACGGCCACACCAUGUUCAUGCCCCAGGGACAGGGGCCAGCCAAGCAGCAUGGUGUGGGUCUGGGCAACCCCUCAGCCAGCCCCUUCCAGCAGCAGCAGCCCAGCGGCUACGGCCAGCACACCUUCAGCUCAGGUUGGUUACCGUGAGAGAGGGAGACACACACACACCAACAAUCUAGUUGAACACUGUGGAAAAGACAGAGUUGAUAUCAGUAUGUUGUUGUUUUGGUCUCAGGGUAUGAGGACCUGACCCAGGGCCAAGCAGGAGUAGACUAUAGCAAGGGCUACAGCAACUCCUCCCAGAGCCAGGCCAAAUCUGCUGCUACAGGCCCCGGUAAAGGUACAUCACCCUCCCAAUAAAUCACGGUCAUCUGAACCCAUAUCGUUACCAUGCUUGAAAUAUUUUAACUCUUGUGUUGUCCAUGUUUGUGUUCUUUUUUUAUUAUUGAAAAUGAAAACUGGUUCUCAACUAACUUGCCUGGUGAAAUAAAUAAAUAAUAUUGCCAUUUCAAUGACAUAUGUUACAUUAUUUUAUGUCAGUAUUGGGCAAAAGGCAUAAGCUGUCCUGGUUUCAAGAGGCAUUGCUUUUGACUGUGAUAUUAAUGUUUGUUUUCAACUAUUUUAAUAUUUUAUCGUAUGCUAGGCGGCAUCUCUGUGACGUCAGGCAACUCCGGGGUCCCAGAAAUCAGUGGAAGUGUUUACAACAAGACCCAGGUGAGAUAUUUUAUGUAGUCUUUGUUUGUGUUUCAGAUUUGGAUUUAUACUGAACAAAAAUAUAAACGCAACAUGCAACAAUUUCAAAGAUUUUACUGAGUUACAGUUCAUAUAAGGAAAUCAGUCAAUUGAAAUAAAUUCAUUAGGCACUAAUCUAUGGAUUUCACAUGACUGGGAAACAGAUAUGCAUCUGUUGGUCAUGAUACCUUUAAAAAAAAAAGUAGGAUCAGAAAACCAGUCAGUAUCUGGUGUGACUAGGGCUGUUGCGGUGACCGUAUUACCACCACACCGGCGGUCACGAGUCAUGAAGGCAGUCAAAUUCCACUUGACUGUUAAGUCACGGUAAUUAGGCUUCUCCAAGCGCUGCUGCUGGUCAUUAGUAGCCUACCAAACUUGCUAACUGCCUGGUACUCAGCACUCUAUUGUCCCUCUAAUCACUCUGACAUCAAUGCAAAUGUGAUCUAAAUUCUACAUUUACAUUACAUUUCAGUCAUUUAGCAGACGCUCUUAUCCAGAGCGACUUACAGUUAGUGAAUACAUAUUUUUUUAUACUGGCCCCCCGUGGGAAUCGAACCCACAACCCUGGCGUUGCAAACGCCAUGCUCUAUCAACUGAGCUACAUCCCUGCCGGCCAUUCCCUCCCCUACCCUGGACAACGCUGGGCCAAUUGUGCGCAGCCCAUGAGUCUCCCGGUCGCGGCCGGCUGCGACAGAGCCUGGAUUCUAAUUACAUUUUUACAUUUUAGUCAUUUAGCAGAUGCUCUUAUCCAGAGCGACUUACAGUUAGUGAGUGCAUAUAUUUUUUCAUACUGGCCCCCCAUGGGAAUCGAACCCACAACCCUGGCGUUGCAAGUGCCAUGCUCUACCAACUAAGCUACACGGGUGCCAAUCAAACACUUCAUGAGAGCCCAUUAGCUCAUGUUGCGCAACAUUUCUAUAGGCUAUGCAAUUGCGCGAGAAAACAGAGUGAUGGCCUCUACAAAAAAUAAGAGGAUUCCAUUAGAUUUCUAUAGGCUAGGCCUACUAUAUUUAUUUCUCAACUUUCCUAAUAUUAAGCACAUUGUUUAUCUUUACAACAGGAGUAUAGCCUACCUGGCUGGCAUGAAAAUGAACCACAGGAAUAGCAUCCUCCAUUCACUAUUUAAGUGCAUAGGUAUUUUUUCCCGCUGCCCCUGUUUCGAGACAGGUGCGUGAUAAUGGUCCAUUCUAAAUCAAAACAAAUUUCACACAUAUAUUAUUUAGUGUAUGUAAAGAUUAAAUCAAGAAUAGUCUGAUGGGUGACAAUAUUAGCCUAUCACUUGUGAAUUAUAUAUUAUCACUUGUGAAUGAAGCCCAGCAUAAAACUGCCUUUUUUUGCGACUUUUUCAAAUCAUAGUCGCACACCUCAUGUAGCCUAGCCCAAAGGCCUAUAUGUUUUGAUAUGGUUUGUAUCACAACUAAAGUGGCUAAAUAACUUCUUAAAAUUAAACACAUUAAUCCGCUUUACAACAGGUGUAGAGCCUAACUGGCAUACAUAAGCAGCGCGUGAGUUUCAAGUUUGUAUAUAGAUAAUAAAAGGAUUACGUUCAUAAUCGCAUUUGCGGUCACUUUUGAUAAUGGUGUUUUCCCGCUAAUGGAACAUGUGCGCUUAUAGCCUACUGCCAUGUGCGCAUUGCUGCGCUUAUAAUGUGAAGAAAUAGCCUAAUAGUUUAUAAACAUUUUAAGCUAAAUGUUCUGAUCUGUUGCGUCAGCCACAUUGCGUAAAAAAGUUUUGGGUGGAUGCUAGUGGUAGUAUUAAUUUGGGAUCUAUCGCACCCCACAACUGUCCCAGACCAUGUUUGGAAUAUUUAUUUAUUGCACAGAAUAGAAUAGGUCGACUUUUGUACUAUGGGGGAUAGUAGAUUGACAUAGGCUAGUGCUUUUGCUGUUCGUUAGGCCUACUCAUCUUGCUGGCUGACAAGAAGUAAAUGUGGACAGUUCUUCCAAUAUCUUCAAUAUGCACCUCGGAAUUGGAUAAGGACGCGCGCAGUUGCGUCCCGGAUGUGUCUGUCUUCACUUGUAGCCUGUGAGAAAGAUCCGAUCACGUGAUUGAGAGCCAUGUGAGUGAGAGGCGCUUCGGAUUGCGCAGCACUCAGGGAGAAGGGCACAACGCAGCACUCUGGGCCGCAAAAUACCUGGAUUUUUUUAGGGUGCAUUACGGCCACAAAGGGGAUGCCAUCGUGAAAUUCGAGGCAUUAUCAAGUGCUUGUCAAAUUGUGAAUGAGAGACUAUUGAAGAGUGGACAGCCUGCGCAAAAAACAAAGCAGAGCUCAUGCCUUUCAAGCGACCUUUUUCAAAUCCUCAUUAGUCUCAUCAUGCAGCCAUACAAUGUAUUAAAAAUCUAAACAUAUAGCCCAAUGUUUGUAGAACAACUAAAGUUACAUGAAUAACUCUAAAUUAAGCAUAUAGGAGUACCUAUUUCAUUGUUAACCGCUCAAAACAGAAUAGCCGCAUGUGCGCACUCCCUCAAAUCGUUCGGAGAAAAUAUCCUUUCUAUUUUAUUCAGCUUCGUUCAAUUGUAUUCUUCAUACUAUAAAAUAAUAUAAAGUAAUGCCACAGAAUUCUAAGCAAAUCUUGUCUGCUAAAUGAACUAGCGUACCCCACAGCCAUAUGGCAUAGCCACAUCAGGACCUAACACAAGGACAACUCAGAGUAUGCUAUUAUCUUCUUCUAAAAUAGACUACAUUUUCUUCAUAUCAUGAUUCUUUAGACCUGUCUAAAAUAAAUAAUGGAUUUAUUGUGAAGGUGAAGGUUCUAUAUUACAUGGAAUUUUUAAAAUGUAGAUAUUUUUGUAGGUCUGCAUCAGUGGCUUGUCUGCGACAGUUAUUUGCUUGACAGUCACCGGCUGACAACAUUUUGUGACCGCCACAGCCCUAGGUGUGACCACCAUUUGCCUCAUGCAGCGCGACACAUCUCAUAGAGUUGAUUGUGGCCCGUGGAAUGUUGUUCCACUCCUAUUCAAUGGCUGUGCAAAGUUUCUGGAUAUUAGCGGGAACUGAAACACGCUGUCGUACACGUCGAUUCAGAGCAUCCCAAGCAUACUCAAUGGGUGACAUGUCUGGUGAGUAUGCAGGCCAUGGUAGAACUGGGACAUUUUCAGCUUCCAGGAAUUGUGUACAGAUCCUUGCGACAUGGGGCCGUGCAUUAUCAUGCUGAAACAUGAGGUGAUGGCAGCGGAUGAAUGGCGCAACAAUGGGCCUCAGGAUCUCGUCACAGUAUCUCUGCAUUCAAAUUGCCAUUGAUAAAAUGCAAUUGUGUUCUCGUCUGCUAAAUGACGUAAAUGUAAAUGUUCGUUGUCCAUAGCUUAUGCCCGCCCAUACCAUAACCUCACCGCCACCAUGGGGCACUCUGUUCACAACAUUGACAUCAGCAAACCGCUCAUCCACAUGAUGCUAUAUACAUGGUCUGCAGUUGUGAGGCUGGUUGGACUGACUGCCAAUUUCUCUAAAACAAUGUUGGUCUCUUAUGGUAGAGAAAUGAACAUUACAUUCUCUGGCAACAGCUCUGGUGGACGUUCCUGCAAUCAGCAUGCCAAUUGCACGCUGUUGUGUGACAAAACUGCACAUUUUUGUGGCCUUUUAUUGUCCCCAGCACAAGGUGCACCUGUGUAAUGAUCAUGCUGUUUAAUCAGCUUCUUGAUAUGCCACACCUGUCAAGUGGAUGGAUUAUCUUGGCAAAGGAGAAAUGUUCACUAACAGGGAUGUAAACAAAUUUGUGCACAACAUUUGAGAAAAAUAAGCUUUUUGUGCGAAUGGAACAUUUCUUGGAUCUUUUAUUUCAGCUCAUGAAACAUGGGACCAACACUUUACAUGUUGCGUUUAUAUUUUUGUUAAUUGUACUUCAUUACGAUACCCUAUUAGUCCAUCAGGGCUUAUCACCCUGGGAUCAUACACAAACACAUAAUACUCUCUUAUCAAUUAUGAUUUCAAUUCUAGUCCUUGCCAGAGCUUAAGUUUUUUAUGGUAUUUUUUUCUCCAUGGUCGUUUUCUUCCAGAUAAACCUAAUCACUGACCCUGACUUUGCUCUCCGUUUGUCUGUUUCCAGUCCUUUGAUAAGCAGGGUUUCCAUGCGGGGACUCCCCCUCCCUUCAACCUGCCUUCGGCUAUGGGGGGUCCUGGAGGGGCCCCGGGUGGCUACGCUCCCGCCCCCUUCCUCCACAUCCUGCAGCCUGCCCACCAGCAACCCCACUCCCAGAUGCUGCACCAUCAUCUGGCCCAGGACGGACAGGUAACGCAUACACCUGUAGUCUAGAACCUUGUGUAGUGUACAACCUUGUGUUAACAUGCCACACAACGGCACUGGUUAGAUCAGUGGUGGGCAAUCCUACCCUGUGCUUGCAGGCUUUUGUUCCAGCCAAGCAGUAACACCUGAUUCUACUCAAGUCUUCAAUCAAGACUGAUUUGGUGAAUCAGAUUUAUUUCAACAAAAGCCUGUACCAUCACUUUGCCAUCUAGCCAUCACUUUGCCUACCUCUGGUUUACUUAAGCAAUAAGGCACGAGGGGGUGUGGUAUAUGGGCCAUAUACCACAAACCCAGAGGUGCCUUAUUGCUAUUAUAAACUGGUUACCAACGUAAUUAGAGCAGUAAACAGAAAUGUUUUGUUAUACACCACGGCUGUCAGCCAAUCAGCAUUCAGGGCUCGAGCCACCCAGUUUAUAAAUGUCUAUUACAUAUUUGUAUCAGUGUGGUACUUGUGCUGGCCAUAUCCAGUUUGUGACGUUGUCCUCUUGUCUCUGUAUGCAGGGAGGUCCUAGCCAGCGAGGCCAGUCUAGCAGCAUGCAGCAGAAGAGCCAAGUCAACAAGUCCAGCUACGGGAGCUCCCCAUACUGGGGCAACUGA